UCUCUAGUAUUUGUGGAGAUACUGGAGAUGAUAGGUGGAAAUGAAUCCUGUACUGCAGGACCAAUUCCUAUGUCCUACUUAACCUGCCUGACUUACAUUCUGGGAGAAUGGACUGGCGUGGAGCAUAUUGAAGAUUAUCUGAGUUAUGCAGUCUACCUUUUAUGGGUGCUUUUUCCACUCGCAGUAGUUUUUCUACUUCCGGGAGUUAUUGUCAUCCUCUUCUAUGUUUCCAUUCUCCUUCUUCAUAUUUAUAAAAGGAAGAAUGAACUAAAGGAAGCUUAUUCCAAUGAUUUUUGGGAUGGUGCAAAACAAAUGUUGGCUACCCUAUGGGAUGGACAUGGAAGAAUAUGGCAUGGUUAUGAGCUUCAUGGUGCUGAAAAUAUUCCUGAAGGACCAGGGCUUAUUGUGUUUUAUCAUGGAGCUACUCCUGCUGACUAUGUCUACUUCAUGGCUAGACUUCUUAUACAAAGGAAGAGAUACUGCCACGUAGUAGCUGAUCAUUUCGUCUUUAGAUUGCCAGGUUUUAAAAUAUUGCUUGAUGUACAUGGAGUUAUGCAUGGACCAAAAGAAGAAUGUGUCACAGCUCUGAAGAAGGGCUACCUGAUAGCCAUUGCCCCAGGUGGAGUUCGGGAAGCACUCUUUAGUGAUGAAAUGUAUACAAUUAUCUGGGGUAAUCGGAAGGGCUUUGCUCAGGUAGCCAUUGAUGCAAAAGUGCCCAUCAUUCCUAUGUUUACACAAAAUGUUCGAGAAGGCAUUAGGACAUUAGGAGGAAUAAAAAUAUUUAGGUCACUAUAUGAACGUAUUAGGUUGCCAGUAGUUCCUAUGUAUGGUGGAUUUCCAGUUAAGCUUCGUACAUUUAUUGGAGAACCCAUUCCAUAUGAACCAAAUGUAACUGCUGAGGAACUGACUGCAAAGACGAAAGCAGCACUCCAAGCUCUAAUAGAAAAACAUCAGAAAAUACCAGGAAAUAUAUUUAGGGCUUUAAUGGAACGAUUUCAAACACAAAAGAAAGAAGAUUAAGGUCUUCUGAAUAAACGACUAUUUAGUUACAAUAUUCUUAAAGUCAUGUUUGUAAUUUAUUCAUUCUUCUAAUGAUAGGUUUUAAAUAUGGUCCUAAUGAUACUGCUGUGUAAUUUAAGACACUUGCCCUUGCCCUUCCCCCUGUCCAGUAUCAAGCUCAGGAACCCAUACUUCAAAUAAUCCAUGAUGGGGCAAAGCUUAGUUUUUGAUAAAUGCAUUCCUACGUUGAAGGUGUUUUUUUCAAAAAAUGACACUGCAAGUGUUUAUGAACAUGGUCUCUUGUUUGUUUGUUUUAUUCUUCCCAUCCCCACUACCCCCUGGUUGCUCUUUAACCUGAAUGUUAGAGCUAGAGUCUUACUGUCUUGAUCAUCAUCUCUGUAACUAGAUUUUACAGGCCAGAUUAAUGCUGUUCAGCAUUUAUGAAAGCUUUCUUUUGGUUGUUACUCUCACCCUGCUGGAAAACAUAUUCUGUGGCCUGCAGAACCUCCAGCUAUGCCUGCAAAACCUAUGGUGUUUAGUUUUACUGGGUGAGCUCAGAAGAAGUUUAGAGGAGUCAAAAUUGAUUAGAGAACUGCAGUGAACCCGGGAAGUUUGUUAUGGAAACCACUCCGAUGCCCUACAAUACAGCUGCUAUGCCAAGCCAUUUUGGAUAUCUGCCCUUGAGUAGAAACUUGUCCUGUAUACUUCUCAGUCAAUCUGCAAAUUUUCCUUUAAAAGAAUUAGCCAAGCAUUUGAACUUUAAGUGGAUAUGAGAGUAUUGUUUUAGUAAUGAGCUCAUAAAGGUUUAUUUGGCAGGAAAGAAAAAAAAUAGUACAACACUCCUUUUAAAAGUAGCAGUUCUUUUGAAAAGCAGGAUAGACUUUCCCAAAUACUCUUUAAGUCUAGUAUAUGUGUAAACUGUUAAACAUCCAUAUUCUUCAAACAUGGUUAUUUACGUAAGUUACUAAAUCGGGGGUGAGGGGGAAAUCCUAUAUGCUUUCCUUAAGUGAAAAUAAUUGAAUGAACAGGAAAGGGUUGCAGGAUUGGGCUUUCGUGCACUUACAGUAUUUUUUUUUUUUCUGAACUAAAGCCUAUGCUUUUAUUGUCAAAAUAGGAAAUAUCUGAAAUAUUUCUUCUGAUUGCCAGCAAGUUUAAUCUACCAUUCUUAAAUUAACAUCUGGGACCUCUCUAGUUUUGGGAUGAGGACAAAUUCCCUAAGGAAAGACAAAAGAGGUUUUUGCUAUAUUAUGUCAUCUCCUUUCAGUAUUGUUCAGGUUUGACCUUUAAAAUAACCCAAAACAAGAAAAAAACCCCAACUUUAGAAAGAGCAGUUGUAUUUAAUUUAGUACCCAUUCCUUCCACUAUUUAAGCACAUGCUUUGCUUUAUACUCUUUUCAAUGUGUAAAUUAGUGAGAUCACAUAAGUGAAUAUGGAUGAAGCUCUAUGUUAGAAAAAUAUCACUUUAUGGGAAAGAGUCUAUAAAUUAUGGUUUGCAAAAAGCUUAUCUUUAUGAUGUUAUUUUAUAUCAAAAGCAUUUUAUGUGGUGUUGAAUUAAAUCUUUUAAACUUGGGGAAGAAUCAUAUUAUAUAAAAGCAAAUGCCCAUUCUGAAGGGUUUUUUUAAAUGGCUUGGGUUUUAUUUGAAGGCAAGAUUGUGUUCUUUUUAAUUUAUCAGAAUGUUAUAAAAAAAUAUCAUGUUAACACAAUGUCAUUAAAAGCGAUAAUGCCAAAUUCUUACAUUGGAGUAUUAAGUAUGGCUUUGUUUUUACUGUCCAUUGUGAGGAAAAUAUGCAUCAGUCUAUAUUGUGAAAUUCUCAAAGGCAGCUGAACAUAUUUUGUGUUGAGGUUGCGUAUUGAGUAUAUGUAAAACAAAACUCAGUCUAAAAGGUUUGUUAGACAUGAAUGAAUUUGUGAUCUGAGAUUUUUUUAAAAAAAUUAUUUUACUAAAUAUGUGGGCUGUUUGAUGCAGUUUUGUCCCUUUUAAGUAUUGAAAGAUGAGUAUAAAAAAAAAAAUGAAGGGCAGUGUUGGUACUCUUCAAAUGUUCAUAUUUGUAUAGGCCUUUCAUAUUUAUUUCUCUAUAUAAAACAAUGUAUAGAAGACACCUUUAGAAUAAAAUUUACAACUGGAACAGG